AAACCAAUGAGACUUACAGAUCUAGAAGAAUUAUCUUUUCGGGGGUCAACUGUUUGUCAUAUAUGUCGAAAGCCUAUUAAAAAUGAUGAACUCGCAGUACGAGACCAUUGUCAUCUAACAGGACGUUUCAGAGGGGCAGCUCACAAUUCAUGCAAUUUAAAUUACAAGGAUUCGAGGUUUGUGCCGGUUAUCUUUCAUAACCUCAAUUAUGACACACACUUCAUUUUGAAAGAGAUUGCUACUUCUACAAUAAUGACUGGACGAGUAUCUCUGAUACCUCACAACAAAGAAAAAUAUAUUUCAUUUACGAAGUUUAUAGAUGACUGUGACAUCAGUUUUAGAUUUAUUGAUUCAUGGCGUUUUUUACCAUCAUCGUUGGAAAAGCUUGCAUCAUAUUUGGAAACAGUGCCGAUAGCAGUAAAUGAGUUCAAAACUGAUGGAUUUACAGAUGAGCAAAUCAAUCUUCUGAGACGAAAAGGUGUAUUUCCAUAUGAUUUCGUAGAUGGAUUGGACAAGUUGAUGACUACAAAACUGCCAGAAAAGAAUGAGUUUUACAAUAAACUAACAGAUUCUCACAUUAUUGAUGAAGACUAUCAUCAUGCUGUUACAGUGUGGAAUAUGUUUUCUACAAGAACUUUGGGUGAAUAUUCUGAUUUGUACUUGAAAACAGAUGUUUUAUUAUUAGCUGACGUCUUUGAAAGUUUUCGAGAGACAUCACUGAAAGCGUAUAGUUUAUGUCCUACACACUUUUACACGACUCCAGGUCUCACAUUUUCAGCAGCUCUAAAAAUGACAAAAGUGGAAUUGGAGCUUCUCACAGAUAUAGAUAUGCUGAUGUUUAUUGAAGCAGGCAUUCGAGGAGGAAUAAGUCAAUGUUGCAAUCGGUAUGCUAAGGCAAACAAUCCCUACAUGGGAUCAUCAUAUGAUAAGAAGCAGAAAACGAAGACGCUCUUAUAUUUUGAUAUUAAUAAUCUUUAUGGAUGGGCCAUGGUGCAGUAUUUACCAGUGGGAAAAUUCAAAUGGAUUGAAUAUGAAACAAAUUCAAAUUUUUUCAAUGCACCACCAGACUCUGAUACAGGCUACUUUGCUGAAGUAGAUUUAGAGUAUCCUGAAGAAAUACAUGAUGAUCAUCAAGAUUUGCCUUUUUGUGCAGAGCAUCGUACACCCCCUGGCUCAAAGCAGAAGAAACUGCUGACUACUUUGAACGAUAAGAAAAGGUAUGUCAUUCAUUAUCUUGCGUUAAAACAGGUACUAGAUAAUGGACUUCGACUUAAAAAAGUGCAUAGGAUUCUGAGUUUUGAGCAGAAGCCUUGGCUCAAACCAUAUGUUGAAUUUAAUACAGAGAAGAGAAAGCAGGCCAAGAAUGAGUUUGAGAAGCUUUUCUACAAGUUAUUAAUUAAUGCAGUAUAUGGUAAGUGCAUCGAGCGAGAACGAUCUCGCGUUGAUGUGCGAUUAGUGAAUAAAUUUACUGGUCGAUAUGGAGCAGAAGCACGUAUAGCUCAACCAAAUUUUCAUAGUUGUGCUAUCUUUGAUGAAAAUUUGGUUGCUAUACAGCUAAAGAGAACAAGUAUUACAAUUAAAAAACCAAUAUACGUUGGUCUCAGCAUUCUCGAUAUGUCUAAAACAUUGUUAUACGAUUUUCAUUAUUCGUAUAUGAAGCGGCGACUUGGGGAAAAAUGUAAACUCCUUUACACCGACACAGAUAGUCUAAUAUAUGAAGUUGAUGACGUGGAUAUGUAUAAAAUAAUGAAAGAAGACUUGCACAAAUUUGAUACUUCUGAUUACAAAGAGAACAAUCAAUUUGGAAUUCCACGUGUCAAUAAAAAAGUGCCUGGAUUAAUGAAAGAUGAAUGCAAUGGCAAGAUUAUGACAGAAUUUAUUGGUUUACGUAGCAAAAUGUAUAGUAUUUUGAUAGAUGGAUCUGAGACUGUGAAAAAAGCCAAAGGCAUAAAGUCAAGUGUUGUGAAGAAAACAAUCACGUUCGAAGAUUAUCGAAAAUGUCUUGAAGAACAAAUUAUUGUUAAACGUGAGCAGUGCAACAUUCGCUCUAAAUUACACAUAGUGCAUACUGAAAAACAGAACAAAAUAGCACUAAGUCCGCAUGAUGAUAAAAGAUACUUAUUACCUCAUAGCACAGACACUUUGCCUUGGGGUCAUUACCGAAUUAUUGAGGAGCAGAUGGCACUGGCUGUAAGUCAAAUGGAGGAGGAUGAAAAAAUGGCUGAUACAAGAGGAGAAAGAGUGGGGGAGAUGGAAUUGGAGAAGGGGUAUGAAGCGACCAAUACUAAAGAAGAAAGCGAGAGAGCAAUGGAGAGGGGGAGCGAAUUGUCCAAUGAAAACAGUGCAGCACGAGUGGGGAUGACACUUUAUGGCGAUACAGGCGAACAAAUCUUUAUAGAAUACGAUGUUUGUGAGGAGCUAAUGCACGAAUGGAAUCCAUCGAUGGAGGGGGCAUCUUCCAAUAGAAGAGAUAUUCUACAAGAGGCUAUGGAAGGGGCAGACAUCGUGGUGGGGAAUGGGCUAUAUGAACCGACGCACCACGGUGAAAAGCACAUUCGAGCAGUCGAGCUUGAAAAUUACCUACCUUUGGAGAAGAAACCAAGACUCACUUAACAUUUUCAAAAUGGAUCUAUCUGCACUUAACAAAAUUGCUGAGCGCGAGUUCUUGCCUAAGAAGAAAGUCACGGACUUAGAAAAAGAUCAUGAGUACAUGGUGACUGCACUCAAGGAGGUGAAGACUAGAUUCGG